AUGCCUGCAAUGCUAGAUGAUCCGAGUGCGCCUGUCGUAUACAGAACGUCGGGCGACGUGCCGUAUCCCCCGCCUGGUGGCCCGCUACCUGUGGGCAUUGCCCCGGGUCAAGUGAUCCUGCGCGACCGUGUCACUACCGCGACCAUUAUACCCUUUUCUGCGCCGAAUCAAGUACCUCUCACACUGUUGGCAUAUCUAUGCGACCAAUUAGGCCGCGAGAUUGAAAAGGGCGACACGUACCCUAUGGUUGAGCCGCUUUCUCUCGACGACUUUGGUCCAUACUGGUUCGGCGUCUUUGGCGCUAUCAUGCUGAUCGGCGAAAUACAAGAUGGGAGAGCACUGCACGAGAUGGCGCGCCAAGGUUGCGACUGGGAAAGGGAGUGCUUAGGGAGUUUCUACAUCAAGCCCAACUAUCCAGGACGGUCGAGCCAUGUCUGCAACGGCGGGUUUCUAGUCACGGAUGCAUCGCGUAAUCGGGGCGUUGGUCGCUUGAUGGGCGAGACAUAUCUGGACUGGGCUCCUAAGCUGGGCUACACCUACUCCGUCUUUAACCUCGUAUACGAAACCAAUGUCGCUUCCUGUCGUAUAUGGGAUGCUCUCGGCUUCAAGCGCAUCGGUCGUGUCAAAGGCUGCGGUAACCUCAAGUCGUAUCCUGGUGAACUGGUUGAUGCCAUUAUAUAUGGGCGUGACUUGGGUCAAGAUGACGAAUUCGUGUCAGAGGAACGCUUUGACAAGAUCCGCUUCUAUUUAAAGAACGGUAAAUACCCAAAUGGUGCCGAUAGAGCGGAGAAAAGCCGUCUCCGUAGUGCGGCGACGCACUACAAGCUCACACCUGGCAAAGACGACGAGCCUGACAGAUUGUGGCUCAAAGGCAAAGAAGUCAUUCCGGACCCCAAGCAGCAAUACGAGCUUGCGCGGGAGAUACAUCACAAACACCAUGGUGGUAUUAAUAAGACAACUGCAGCCAUUGCGGAGAUAUAUCAUUGGGUUCGCAUAAAGGAGACAGUCAGUCAGGUCAUUCGUAACUGUCCUGUAUGCAGUGAGAUGAACAAGGGCCUUUCUGCCAUGCGACAGGGACAAAACCAGGCGCGAGCAGAAGGACGAUCGAGCUCAAGCUUCUUACAUUCUACCAACACUCAACCCCCACUAACUCCCACCCCGCCGAGCCUCUUUUCACCAUCUCAGCCUCCACGUCGCUCCGACUCGCCGAGUUCCCAGCUCCAACUUGAAGCCUCACAGCACCAGGGUUCCUUUGGACGGUUUUCACAACACAACCAGUACGAUAUGCCGGUCGAUCCCGCGCUCAUGGAGGAUGUACAAACUGUGAACAGUCUUGCAGAUCUUCCGCCUUCGCCGUUCCUCGCUGCUCAAAGUGCGAACAGUUUGCCGCAGUUAGGCCAUCUCGAGCAGCAUGUUGAUCCAAGCUUGAAUGAGCGGGCGCCCACUGCUGCCGAGGAAAUGCGGAGAAGGUUGAACCGGGCUAAUCAGUACAACUAA